GCGCGGAAGAGGAGCGCUACGGUAGCAUUCACUUCUGUGACUGAUCAGGAUGAAAAGCCUGUGGAAAUAACCCCUUGAUCGUUUCAAAUGUUCAGUGGAAUGGUCGAGAUAUCAAUAGACACCUUCUCAUUGAUGUGCAUCGGUUAAUAGUGUGUGAUCCUACCGUGCAUACCUUGUACCAGCGGGUAAAACCAAUGUGACAACAAGCUGGAGGCGACAGGAGCGACAGUGAAUAUGGCGGCCUACGACCUGGAUAGCAUUAGAGCUAGCGCGGAGAUGGAGCCGCCACAAGAUUUGGAGCAUGGACAUGGACAUUUCUUCACUAAAAAGACUUUUCACAAGCCAACAUAUUGUCACCACUGCACAGAUCUUCUGUGGGGCCUCAUCGGACAGGGAUACAUCUGUGAAGUGUGCAACUUUGUGGUUCACGAUAGGUGUCUGAAGACUGUUGUCUCACCAUGUUCCAGUAUAGCCGUUAACCUAAUAAAGAACCCGGUUCCACACUGUUGGUCAGAGCCUGGCCACUUCAAACGGAAAUUUUGUAAUGUCUGUCGGAAACGGCUAGAAGAUAGUUGGGCAAUAAGAUGUGAAAUAUGUGAAUAUUAUGCCCACUUAGAAUGUCAAGAUUUUGUCGUUAGUGACUGCAAAGAGUGUGCGACCUAUAUUCCAAAUAGAGAAAUUGCCCAAGUUGUUCAGCUCCAUCACUGGAGAGAAGGCAACUUGCCGGCCAAUUCCAAAUGUUUACUAUGUAAAAAGACGUGCUGGUCAGCGGAGUGCCUGGCUGGUAUACGCUGCGAGUGGUGUGGAGUAACGGCACAUGCGGUGUGUUACAAGAUUCUCCCUCCAGAGUGUAACUUCGGCAGCUUGCAGAACAUCAUGUUACCGCCCAGUGGCGUGACGAUUCCACGGACGGAUCUACCUAUGGAAACCAUCCUUGGUGUCAGCAUAAGCAAGCAGAAGGCACUGUCACCAGCUCGCAGCAUGUCAGAGGAGUGGUCAUCAAGUGGUGACCUGAAGAGUGCCACCCGUGACUAUGAUGAAUACCCAACUAUAUCCUCGACUGGCAGCACAAAAGACAAGGACAAGGAUAAGGAUAGAGAUGAAGAAUUAAUAAAGGUGUUUGAUGGAGAUUCAUCGUUGAAGCGACGGCAGUUUAGGACAAUAACGGUCAUGAAAUCAGCGAGUGCUCAACAGAUUUUGGAGGCUGCACUAAGAACAUUCCACAUCACAGAUGACCCUAGGAAGUACUAUGUAACUGAGGUCGUCGACAAAGCAGAGGGCACUGAGCGUGAGCUAGAUGAGCAGACGCCACUCCGCAACUUGCGGCGCCGGGACGCCCGUCGACCUGCCAUUUUUCUGCGAUAUAAUGAAAAGGACCCAGACAGAGGUUACAUAAAGGUCUAUCCUGGUACACUAAGGGUUGCCGUGCCAUAUAAGAACAUUCCUGUGACAAGCAACACGUCCGCUGACCAGGUCAUCUCUUAUGCACUGAAAAAGUUUGGAAUGGACAGUGCUGAGCCGGGAGACUAUAAACUUGUCGAGGUGUUGUUAGAACGCGGAAUACAACAAAGAGAGUUAACAAGAGAUGAGUGCCCAUGGCAAAUUAUGCAACAAAUUAGGAAGGAAUCUCUUCACAAAAUGCAAGUAACGAGGUUUUACAUCCAGCAAGUGAAAGACCCCCACGGGCCAUCUAUAUCCCUGUUCGUCGGGAAGCUGCCAGAAAGUCUCUCGCAGAGGCAAUAUGAAACCAUUUUAGUCAAACUCUUAGGCAAUGAUUUAAAGUAUAGCACCAUCGGUCCAAUAUACUAUGAGUUUGGAUCGCUGGUGAUCACAUACGUGAAUGGUGAAAGGGCUGUGAAGGCAUUUGGAAGGUUACAGGAAGCCAUGUAUGAUGACAAGCAGUUGCUGGUCCUGCUCCUGCCAAACAUACAGGCGCAUAUGAUUCCGACACACGUCUUGCCUCUGCUGGUGUUUGUGAAUGUAAAGAGUGGGGGCUGUCAGGGCCUGGACCUAAUCACUUCCUACAGGAAACUUCUCAACCCUCAUCAGGUGUUUGACUUGGAUAAUGGCGGCCCUUUAGCCGGCUUGUAUGUUUUCCGCAACAUAAAGAAGUACAAGAUCAUGGUGUGUGGAGGAGAUGGCACCGUAGGAUGGGUGCUGUCCUGCCUGGACAACGUCGGCCAAGACUCUGAAUGCCCUUCACCGCCGUGUGCGAUUGUACCCCUGGGCACAGGCAAUGACCUGGCGAGGGUGCUGCGCUGGGGGCCUGGCUACACCGGAGGUGAAGAUCCUCUCAACAUGCUGAAGGAUGUGAUCGAUGCUGAGGAGAUUCGAUUAGACAGGUGGACUGUUGUGUUUCAUCCGGACGAGAAACCAGCAGAUGACACCAAAUCGCUAACAUCACUAGGCAACAGCAAUCCACAGAACACGGAGGACACGACGUCCAUGUUUGUGAUGAAUAACUACUUUGGGAUUGGAUUGGACGCUGACCUCUGCCUUGACUUCCAUAUGGCCAGGGAGGAGAACCCAGACAAGUUCAACAGCAGGUUGCACAACAAGACGGUGUACGUCAAGAAAUCACUACGCAAGAUGUUCAACCGAAAGUCGUGCAAGGACAUGCAGAACCAGAUCAGGCUUGAGGUGGAUGGCCGGCACGUAGAGCUGCCGCAGUUGGAAGGAAUUAUCAUUCUCAACAUACUCAGCUGGGCAUCAGGAGCUAACCCGUGGGGGCCACAGAAGGAGGACCAGUUCAGCAAGCCGAACCACUACGAUGGUAAUCUGGAGGUGGUUGGCGUCACAGGAGUCGUGCACAUGGGUCAGAUACAGAGUGGCCUGCGUGGCGGUGUGAGGAUUGCACAAGGUGGACACAUAAAAAUCUGGCUGUACAAUGAUUUACCGGUGCAAGUGGAUGGUGAGCCGUGGAUACAGUCGGCUGGGCAAGUCGUGGUGCUUCGCUCUGCGCUAAAGGCUACUAUGCUACGCAAGCCCAAGAACAAAAUCAAGCGACGGUACACGGAGUCAGAGGUAACAGACAAAAUGUCAGAGCUGUCGGUUGUAACAGGUGAUGAUGAGUCCAUGUAAGAGGAUCUUGUGUGGACAGUCACGUGACAGUCGGGCCAUGCACAGUCAGAUCAUGGGGAAGCCGUUCCCGAAGCUCAUGAAGUGAUGGUAAAAAACAGGGUUUUGCAGAGAUUUCCAGAGAGAGGUUUGCCACCCGAAAAAUAUUCGGUGACUAGAUCUGGCAUCAAGUAAUCGUGGCAGACUCGGCCAAGCUCCCUGUAGGUUUGUUAAUGAACCGAAACUGUUGAUUAAAUUUCUGCGCAACGUGUGGACUUACCAUUUUAAAUUUCGAUAAUUGAUUACAAAUAACUUUGUUAAAAAUUAUUGCAUUAUUGUAAGGUCAUCACUCUGUGCUAACCCAAGUCAUUUCUUGGUUCGGUUGUGGUAACCGCGUGACGAGUAUGUAGGUGUGACUUUAAUAAAAAGGACGUCUGCAUUUGGCUGUCUGUCACAAGCAAAAUUCUCUGUGAUUGACUGGCAGGUGCACAGGGGUCGGGCCUAUUUGUCGCCGCAAUAGGCUCCAAGUUAUUAUCAAGAAGUGAUUGUAUUUACAAGAAAUGGUUGUAAAUAGGUAUGGAGAAGAGGAUAGAUACAACUGUAACGCUACCAGUGUUCGCCACGCUGUGGUGCCGUGCAGAAACUGUAGUGCAGUGACUUAUUAUCAUAUAUAUAUAUAUAUAAGUACAUCUAGGAUGAGCGUGGCUUUGCCACUGGCAGCCGAUAACGAUGACCAGACAUAAGUAAUUGAUCCCUGAUUACAAAUUGAUUACGAUACCAUGUCGCGAGCUUGUCCAAUCCAUAUUUCUCUUAACGUCUGGAUUAUACGUGUACAUGUAUAUCAAAGUUGCCUGGUUGUGUAGAGAGAUACGUUAGUGAUUGUUGAUCAGUUGUUUAUGCCUGGUGACGACCGUCUUCAUUUACGAUCUCAAUUCAGUGGUGUCGGUUUGAAGCUAUCACUUUUAAUCUAAACUUAUAAUAGUAAAUUCUGUGUAUAUAUAUUAUAUAUUUAACAAUUACCUAAUUGAUGAAUACAUAUGGGUGCAAAGCACUGAUGUAACAGUAACAUAUUAGAAUGUGAAGUAUCUGUUAGUUAAAUGCGGCCUCGACUGCAAGUUACGCUAUAACUAUAACUAUAUACAUAUAACGUACCAUAUGGUAGAAAUGCUUAUAAUUUAAGAUACUGUAAAACUUUUUCAUGUUGGAAUAGGUGUGAGUACAACUGUGUAUUAUAUUAAAGUUGUUUUUGGGUGCUUUUAUAAAUUAAUUCAUUGACUAAUAACUAAAAACAAGUAUAAUUUAGUCUGUGUUAUGUACUUCGGUACCUUUAGUGUGCGUAUGUAGGACGUGUUACAUACUUCUACUCUUGUAGGCUUAGCCUUGAAGAGCAAAGCAACUGGAUGUACAGAAGCUGCUGUUACUGUUCUCCAUGCCUACUGCUAUGUCAAAUUGCUGACCAUUAUUGAUGAUAGACGGCGCUUCUCAGGACAGAUGUGCGUACAGGUGGCUCGGCCCUAUGCCUCUAGUGUUGCUGGUUGUAUCGAAGUGGACAUCCCCAUUACAAUCACUUGACGGAACCUCGCGUGUGUCUCCCAUGGCAUGCAACUCAAAUAAACAGUCACGUGUGUGAUCGAGCAUAGCAGAUACAUGGGUGCCGUGCGCGAGAUACAGUUGUAAAGCACGGCCGAGGUUGUGGGCAGAGGUUUACUUGGAGGGGCACCCACGAUUGCGUGCAGGAAUAGAACUACCAGGGGGUCAACGGCUGUCCAUUAUCGUAUUGCUGGUAAGCCCAUAGUCACAUCUGUCCUGAGUAUGAUAUGCACCUGCGAUAUAAGAGGAGGCUGCAGAUACUAGUCGCAAUUCUAGUCUUGGACAGUCGGUCAUGUGCAACAGGAAAUGUCCCUGUUUUUUUGCUCUCUUCCACUGUUGCAGUUACGAUGCGUAUUCCAUUGCUCUGGUUUGCCCUUUACAUGUUAAAUUUUGUCUGUGUGAGUUUAAAUACAUACAUACAUACACUUUGGUUUCUGUAAUGGGAUCAAAACAUCUGAAACAUGCAUAUACGUGUUAGUAAUGCAAUAUUAAUUAGGUGUUUUUGCUAUGGGUGAAUGAUUACUUGUUUCCUGUAGCAGUAAUAUCAGAAUAGGAUGUGAAAUUUCCAUAGCUUGUCAAAUAUUGGGUCAUAGACCUGUAAACUGUAUCAACCUUCCCCUAUAUUAAUUUGUUAAUGAACAUGUUUAUGGUUUUAAAUUCUGCUAAGUCUUGGCAAUAUCAGCGCACUGUCGUGUCGACAAGUGUGCUCCUAUAUAAACUCUACCUGAUGACAUCUGGUUACGUUCUCACCAAGAUCUGUCGUUCUCUUUAAAAAAAUUCUGCUGUCACAGAUACCCAGUUGCAAUGCAGUAAUGUUGUUUUUCAAAUGUUUAUUUUCUUAAACUCUUGUACAUCUUCAUUUUCGUCAUUAUUUAAAAGCAUUCAUGAAUUUGUGAAUUUUUAAAUGAUUUUGCUAUGUAUAAUGAUAGGACUAUGUAUCGUGCCGAUGCAUAUAAAAGUAGAUCACAUUAUGAGUGAUCAUGAUUCGUAGGAGUUUAGUCGGGGCUUAGAAAAUGGUUCACUUGUCAGUCAACUGAUUGCCAUCAAGUCACACUGCACUGUUUAUUUGUUAUCAGGUCUGCUCACCCUUGAUAUUGUAAGGGAAGUGGUGAGGUGGGUUAAAUUGAUACGUUCGAGAGAAUCCUUGCAGUAGAGUGCCACCGGGCAGUGUGCAGCUGGUGCUUCCACCUGGUGGCAAGGCCUAUAACCAUGUUUUAGGCACGACGGUAACAAGGCUGGCAAGACAUCUGCUAGGCUCCAGUAAUACUCAACUACAGCAGCCAACCUGGCAACAUGACUACUCUCUCCCUCCCACUAAACUCCUGUAUUAUAUUGUAAUUGCAAGUGAACUGUUGUUGUAGUGAUUUGCAUUUUAUGCCCAUUACCAUUAGGAGCCAGUACAAGUGGAUACCGAUAGCACACCACAUGUCUCUUCCUGCAGGCAGUCAUACGGUAAUUCUUCUUCAGCUUAUGGCCGACAGGUGGUGCCGUGACUGUUUACAGCCAUGCACCAAGGCCUACAUUUGUGUUACCUGAUGCAUCAUAUUUGUGUUGUUUGCACGUCAGCUUGCCACUACAAAGGAUAUCACUUCUUUGGUGAGGUUUGUGUAUAGAUGUGAUUGAGAAGGAAAGCAAGCAUUGCGAAAAUAGUUUUUUAAAGUUUGUGGAGACAGCUAAACUAGGAAGGGAGACCGGUGCCUGUCGUAUGUAGCAAGAGCCAAAACUAUUUGCUUCUCUGAAGCCCCGGCUCGGCUCCCACAACACAAUGAUCGUCUCUGUCGGUUACGCCACUCAUGUGAUAUAUGCCACCCAGAGAGACAUGGAAACGCUGUGGACAGUCAAUGAGCGCGCGUAUGCUCUCGGAAUAUAAAUGGGGACGCAUGCAACUCGGUAUAUCCUAUCACAGCUACGCGGCAGAGUAUCCUGAGGAAUUGCAGCUGUAUUUCACGUAACAAGUGGGAUAUCUAUGUAUAUAUGUAUGUAUGUACAUGUAGGGAGAAGCGGGCAAGCACCAGUCUGUACUUCCCAGUGCUGUGACUCUAGUCAUCUCAGUGUUGUAUUGUACAGCGACAGUAUUCUGUCAACUAGCACUCUACAGGCAGGCUGCUUCGGUCAUAUUUUAACCUUUAGCCUUUAACAGGCCUACAGCUGUAUGUACUAUAACCAUCAUCAUGUUUUAAAAUUUAUUUAUUGUAAUGCUUAUUUCCUAUGGACUAUUUCUUGCAAUAAGUAUUUGAAUAUAUGUAUAUGUGAAAUAAAUAGAAACUAAAAUGAUAGACGUUUA